AUUAUUUCGUUUUUCACAGCUAAAGUCGACCAUCCGUUGAAGCCGAUGAGCAUUUAUUGAAUAAACUCUCAGUCCCACUCCAUCAAUAAAUAGCGUCUUAUAAACGAGCAUUUGAACCAUUUAUAAAACAAAGUAUUUUUUGUGUUCGAAAAUAAAAAUAAAAUCAAGUGAUUGUGAUGUUAAAAAAGUGAAUGUUUAACAAUAGUAAAAAUUCAAUCAGUUUAAAGCAAAAGUUGUUUUGGAAUAUUGAAUGUCAUAAUCAUUGAACUAUAUAAAUGUUUUAUGCAGAUAUUGAAAUGUUUUAUCAACAGAAAACAGUGUUUUAUUCAAUUCAACAUUCAAAUUGAAACUGAAGUUUUUAAGGUUAAAAAUUGUGUAAAGUUCAGUGCAAUCAGAUCAAAAUUGUAUAAAAUAUUAUAAAAUCUCAAUUGGACGUUUUUGUGUCUCUUUCUCUCUCUGUGUAUGUAUUUGUUUGUAUAUUAAGUACAUUACGUAUUAAAGACGAGAGAAAAACGCUGAAUAACCAAUAAAAUGAGUAGCUUUUCAUUUAACACCAACCACAUUAAUUACAAUCAAAGCACACAAAAUACUCAAAACUCGCCAUCGUAUCGACAACAACAACAGCAUCAGCAGCAGGCAUAUAGUCCACAGAAUUCGCCACAACCGCACGAACAUCAACGGCGGGAGUCUCUAGUGAAGCCCACAUGGCAGAAUGUGUGCCCGGGUGAGGUGCCAUUUGAUACACUCGAAAAGCUCAAUAGACUAUGUAACGGUGAACAGCAGUCAAUUCUAUUACAACAACAGAAAUUCCGCCAACAAACGCAACAUCAGCAAAACAAUCAUGCAAAAGCAGCUCAGAACAACAUUGAAUCGUUAUCUUCGGCCACUGAUUCAUACCGCGGCGACACUGGCAUUGACAAUGAUGAUGCUGCGACGGACAACUGUACAGGAAAUAUGAUUAACCGGAGUGGGUUUAGUGAUAGUACAACAGCAGCAGCAGGAACGAGCAACAGCAAGCAAUUCACAGCAGCAUUAAAAGUGGACAAACAGCAGCGACGACAAGUCGAAUUGUACGACGUUGUCGGGAAGGUCAUGCUUCUUGGUGAUUCAGGUGUUGGAAAAACAUGCUUGCUUGUUCGAUUUCGUGAUGGAACUUUUUUGUCGGGGAGUUUUAUAUCAACAGUUGGAAUUGAUUUUAGGACCAAAAUCGUUCAAUUGGACAAUGCCCGGGUUAAACUACAGAUAUGGGAUACUGCUGGCCAGGAGAAAUUCCGAAGUAUAACGCACGCAUACUAUCGCGAUGCUCAUGCUUUGCUUUUGCUGUACGAUGUGACGAAUAAGACGAGUUUCGAUAAUAUUCGUGCCUGGUUGGUUGAGAUACAUGAAUAUGCUCAAGAUGAUGUCGUCAUUUUGUUGCUAGGAAACAAAGCCGAUUGCCCGGAUCGUCAGGUGAAACGUGAAGAUGGUGAACGAUUGGCACGCGAAUACAAUGUAACAUUUAUGGAAACCUCUGCAAAGACUGGAUUGAAUGUAGACUUAGCGUUUUCAGCUGUUGCCAGGAAACUGAAAAGCCGAAACAUGGACGUGGAUGAGGCUCGAUUCAAUGUACAAGAUUAUGUGAACGAGCAAACGGCGUCGAAAGGUCCAACUUGUCCCCCAUGCAAUUUGUGAGUCAAUUAUAUGAAGCGGUCGACGGCGAUGCCAUUUCUAAUUACAGCGAACAUAAUUACAUCACAAUCCUGGUACAAAAACAUCAAAGGAACACGAAAAUCUUUCUCUUCUUCUUCUUCCAAACAUUUGCAGCAGACUUGAGAGUCAGCAUUUAUUUUUGCGGCAGAUUUCAACACUGUUUUGUGCGUAUGAAAUAUCGAAUACCUUCCGAAUUGUUGCAAAAAGCAUGGCAUUGAAUAUAUUUUAUCCAUCAACUCAUUUCUCUUUCGUAUGGAAUAAAAAGUUAGAAAUUUUUUUCUUGCUAAUUUAAAAGAGAAGAAAUCAUCGUUUCGGUUAUUUUGAUAAAAUCAAAACGGAAACGAGAUUUAAUUAACAAAGAGAAUAAUCUAACAGAGCAAGUGAGUGAGUGAUGGUGGUGUGCAAAUAACAUCGACGUCAAAUAUAUUCAAUGUUUGUGGAUGGAGGAGAGAAUAAAUAUAUAAUGCAAAUCGACAUACACAUCAAAAUGUUGAUUAAUAAAAUGUAAAUAUGAAUUUUGAUUUUCAUCAGGAAUAAAGGAUAUAUAUAUAUAUAUAUAUAUAUUAGGCUGAAAUACCAACAAUCUUAAUUAGCGCAUGUAGAAUUUAUAAGGUAGAAUAUUUUAGGGUCGCUCGAAAAUGACAAUGUUUUCGAUUUUUCGAACUCCACAUUAUACACUCGGAUCAUUCAGAGGUGAAUAAAACCAUAUUUAUGGGGCCGCAGCAAGUGUACAAAACAGUAAAACAGUAAACAGAAUUUAUUUGCAUUUUUGACAUAUUCCACCAAGUUUCAUACACACACACUCACACAAAAAAUCUAUAUCAGCCAACUGUUUAUUGUGAAAGUAGUCUUCGUCUGUGAAACCACACUAAUUGGCGCACCUUAUGAAACUGAUGAAAACCUCAUGUCAAAUAACCAAGCGAAAAGGCAUAAAUUCUUGACAAUAUUGGAUUGAUUAUAGCAAACAUUAACCAUACAAAAGGAAAAUAAAACCAACAGUACACAUUAGCAUAUCUUCAUCAUUCUCAUGUGCAACAAUUGCUUUGAAAUGUAUGCAUACCAAAUUAAUUCUCACUUUUUGUUUAUACUCAAAAUAUUUUUGAACAUGUAAAAAGUUUGUUGGAUAUCAAACAUGAUAUUUAUAAUUGACAAAAAACCAGUAGACACAGAAAUUAUAGUUUGUAUAUAUUUAUAUAUAUAUAUGUCACUAAAUAGUGACAUAUUAUUCGUGACAGACAUCGCAAAGAAUGUCUGGAUUUUCUAUCAGCAGACAGACAACGAUGCAAGCUACAUGUAGCGAAAAUCAAUUUACACAGAUCGGCACACAUGAAUAAACACAUCGUUUGAGUAUACUAUCACAUGUUUUAUACAAUUCGGUUGCUAUGCCAAAGUUUUGGGAACAAUUUUCAAGGAUCGUGGUUUUUUUUUUGUUCUCUGUGAUUUAUGCUCUGCACAAGACACAUUUACGACUAAAAAAAGGAAAUUGAAAAAUAAUUCAAAUAUUCAUCUGUCUGCAUUUUGUUCGAGUUUGUGGUUUUCGUUAAAUUCUUCACUUAACUCGAAAUAUACGAAAUUUCAUUUUUUUUUCUCUCUUUUAUUUGAUCAUCGAGUUUGAGUGGCACAAAAUGUUUGAUGUCGUGUUGUGUCAUGCCAUGAUGCAAUGUUCGUAUUCACAUUGACACCAGAUGUCAUUCUCUUUUUAUCGUUUUGCAAAGGUAAUAUUUACACGGCAAAUGAAUUGCUUCCAAGCAUAUUUUCGCUUCUAACAUGAUGGGUGAUGCAUGGGUCAAUGUUUGCUCUCUUCGGUUCGAUUCGGUUUAACAAACAUUCACAUUACAAUAUCAUAGUCAUUUAACAUAUCAUUUUCUUUUAGAUACAAACAAAUGCGCAUGGACACAACUAUUUAUGAAUUAACGUAGCUUAUCUUCUCAAAUUUAGUCAAAAAUUGUUUACACCGAAUUUCAGUUGUUGUUAUUGUUGUUAUCUUCAAUAUUCAUUUCCCAUAUCACAUCAGCCAACGUACAAAAAUUAAUCUAAUUGCAGAGAAAUAUGGAAACGAAAUAAAUUGAAAACAGAAUGAAAAGUAAAAUGAAUCCAAAUACAUAUUCAAAUAUUUGAGUUUAUGAAAAAAAAAAAAACAAAUAUUUUAUUAGAUGCAUUCCAAUGGAAGUAGUGGAUGCGCUCAGGCUAGAACUAAGAAUUAUUUAUGAACGUUGCGGCAGCGGCUUUUUGUUGAAUUUGAGCUGAGUUUUUAUUAAUGUUUUCAAUAGACAUUGGUGACAAUAAUAUGAUUCUUAUGUGGCCAAUCAAAAUAAAAGCUACCGUUUUCCUUCAUAUUUUAAAAUUAAAUGUUGAAAUAUUGUCGAAACAAAAAAGAGAAGAAAACAGAACCAAAAAAGCUUCACAUAUUCCUUAUGAUCUGAGUAUUGAUCUAGAAAAAAAAAAGAAACACAAAAAACACACACAUACAGAUAUAAAUAUACAAGAAAAUAUAAAUGUUCAAUCAUUUACCUAGACAAGAGAAUAGAUAUUUGAUUCAUAGAAAAAUUGAAUGAGUGAGGGCACAAAUGACACAUGGAUUCACAAUAUACAUAUUUUGUUUAGAGAUGUAACCCUUUAAAAUAUUUCGAAUUCAAGUCUUACUUGUUCCCUCAUUCAGUUGUACUUUGUUAUCGUUUAUAGUCGGAAAAAUCAGACUAGUUUCCACAGAUAACUUGAAAUAUGCACCCAUUUUAUUUAGCUCAUAAUCGCGUUCUACAUCAGAACCGAUCGCAAAACAAUCACGACAUUGACACUGACAUUGACCUUCGGAAUCAAAAUCAAAUUGAAUGAUUCAAUAAAACGUUUUCAUUUGAAACCAGGCACAUAUGUCUAAACACAAUUGUUUGCUUUCUUUUUUGUAUUUUGUUUGAACACGAAAGAAAAAUUCAUGUUAAAAUAUUUCAUAUAGAAUCAACGUAGAGUAAAUUGCUUAUAAAUACAUUUAUUACUAUUGAACAAAGAUACAUACGCACAAAAGUGUGUAAUUAAAUUAGAAAGAAGAAUCUUGAAUACGAUUACAUCUUCUU